GCGCGCUGUUCGGUUGUGCAGUGUAGUCCAGCUAGUGAUGUAAACAAAUAAAGUUGGAUGAGUUGAAACGGACCAGCCACAGCCAGCAGCUAACGUGAGCUAACUAUGCUGGAAGCAGAAACCACCUCCGUGUAGCAGUCAGAUGGAGGCUUUUCUGGGGUCGAUGCACAACCCUGAUCUGAGCUCAGUCCUUUCAUCGUGUGAGCCGGAGCUUCAGGAACUGAUGCGACAAAUUGACAUCAUGAUCAACGAUCAGAAGAGGAAGUGGGAAGAUGAGACUUGUGCCUUGGAGCUCAGGCUGAAAAGUAGAGAAGAGGAACUUUUAAACUCAAGGAGCACAAUUGAACGGAGGGAACUGGAGAUUGGAUUACUCCGCAAGCAGCUUGAAGAUGUCCAGACUGGCCGACAAGAGUUAGCCGCCAAGUAUGAGCAGCAACUGCACAAACUCCGUGAAGAGUUGGAUAAGUUAAAGAGAAGUUACCACAAGCUUCAGCGCAAACACCUCAAGGACGCUAACGCAGGAGUGAAAGAGACAGACCUCCAGAAGGAAUAUCAUCAGCGCUCUCUGGAGUGGGAGCAGCACCGCACCCAGAGCCAGCAGGAGCUCACAGCCCUGGAGGCCGAGAAUAAGAGCUUGAAAGAUGAGCUCUCACACAUAAAAUCCCAGUGGGCAGCGCAUCAAGUGGAGAGGGAGCACAGGGAUUGCUGUUUGGAGGUGCAGCGCCUGCGCUCUCAGCUGGAAAAAGCUCAGAGAAGUCUGCACACACAGGAGCUGGAACUGGAGCGUCUCCGACCACUUGAGAGUUGGCAGGUGCUUUCUGAGGAAUGGGAGGAGCUGGACUCCCAGGAUGCAUUUGUGCGGCGAGCCAGUCUUGAGCGCCAAAGACUCCGUAACGAAACAGCCAGAUUCAACCAAGCGCUGCAAGCUAAAGAUCAAGUCAUUCGCUCUCUGGAAGACUGUCUGGUAGCUCAGGGCUGCACCGGUGUGGAAAUCCUCAGACGAGAGCUGGAGAAGACUGCAGCCAAGCUCCAAGGUGCCCAAGCAUAUCAGGGUCAUCUCAAGGCUGAACUGGCAUGUCUCAAAGAGAGGCUGCAGGUGGUGAGUAAACAGAGAGAUGAAAACUUGAAGACGGAGCAAGAACUGCGAAGCCUGAAAGCUGAAUGUGACUCUUCUAUGGCUGAAGCGAAAAGGCUCAGAGAGGACCUUGAGCGGGCCAGGCAGACUCACAGCGGCGAAGUUGAGGGAAUGAGAAAGGAGGUGUCAAAGCUGACCAGCGAGCUGCACGAACGCGACCUCGCCAUCGCCAGUCUGAGCACCUCCUCGUCCAGCAUCAAGCAGCAGCUUCGCGAUGAGGCGGAGCGAUCAGAGAAGAAGGCUGCUGAGCUCAAAAUGACUCAGGCACAGCUGGAGAUGGUACAGGCUGAGAACCAGCACCUGAAAGGUCUGCUGCAGAGACUGCAGCCUCAGUCACCAAAGAGGGGGGGCUCCCAGCUUGCCUCCCUGAGGGAGAGUUAUGUGUCUUCUCUGAGCAGCCUGGAGCAGGAGAAUCGGCAGUUAAGGCAGACACUCGCUGAGAUGCAGUCACAACUUGAGGCCUCCAAUCAGAGCAGUCAGGAUAAAUAUGAACACGCCGUGCUCAGCCAUGCUGCGACUGACCGAGAGCAGCCUGCAUAUAACAGGCCACAGGAGAACAUGCAAGUCAGAAAAGCUCAGGCUCUAGAGAACACCACUCGCUAUGAAGGAGAGAUCCAGGUGCUCUUUAAAGAGCUUCAAAGCUCAUCCAAGACAUCCACAGAUCUGUCCCGCAGCCAGUCCAACGGCAGCAGACCUCAUUCAUCCGCCUCCUCGUCCUCCAGCAGCAGCACCACAACAAGACUGUCCACGAGAAACUCUGUGCCAGUCCUAAGCUCCAGCAAAUCUGCAGCUGAUGGACAAAACUCAAGCCCAGGAGACUCUCUGACCAGCAGCGAUAAAGAGAUUUCUUCUCCCUCUUCAGAGGACCUUUUGUCUGCAUCGCUGACAGACACAGUGGUCACUCGUUUCCUGGAGGAAGAGAACCUACGGACUGAGGAGCUGCUGCAGAGUCUGGACAGCCACAUCUUCGGGAUGAAGGAGAAGAACAACAAGACACUCUCCACGUUCCUGCACAGCAGCUCAGAGCUGGACUCUGCCCAGAUCUCAGUGCAGGAUGGGUUGAUGCUGGUAGUUUGAUGCAACACGAGAGGA